UGUCAGCUGUAAGCAUGGUGGUGUGAGCGUGUGAAUCAUUUUGUGUGUUUGGUUUGCUAAUUUUCAGACUUCUGUGACCACCUUUGGAACCAAUUGAAAAAAGAUGAUUGAGCUGGGCCUCCCUGACGGCAGCCUGAUCGACGAGCUGAUGGAGCUGACGGCACAGAGCCUCAGUCAGCUUGAGAUCCAGGAACAUUUCAACAUCAUCAAGGAGAUCGGCCGAGGGAAAUACGGCAAAGUGCUGCUUGUGACGCAUCGCUUCCGGGGGACUCCCAUGGCCUUGAAAGUGAUGCCCAAAGCCUCGACUAAGCUGCAGGGCUUUCUGCGAGAGUACUGCAUCUCCUUACACCUGUCCUGCCACCCCUGCAUCGUGGGUCUCUUUGGCAUUGCCUUCCAGUCUGAUGAGCACUACUGCUUUGCCCAGGAGCUUGUGAUCGGCAGGGACCUGUUUGCUGUCAUCCAGCCAAAGGUGGGUAUCCCCGAAUCUUCAGUAAAACGUUGUGUCCUCCAGAUCGCCAGUGCACUGGAGUUUAUCCACAGCCAUGGUCUGGUCCAUCGUGAUGUCAAGCCUGAAAACAUCCUCCUGUUGGACAAUCACUGCUGCCAAGUGAAGCUGGCAGACUUUGGCCUGGCCCAGAAGAGAGGCACUCUGAUACGCUUCAUCACAGGAACCCUGCCUUACAUGGCCCCCGAGCUUUGUACCGUGGCCCUGAUGGAGGGUCAGAAAGAAGUGACCGCUCCUCCGCUUAGUGUGGAACCCAGCCUGGACACCUGGGCCUUCGGGGUGGUUAUCUUCUGCAUCCUUACGGGUUACUUUCCCUGGGAGCGCUGCAUGGAGUCAGACGACUUCUACCAAGAGUUUGCAGACUGGUGCAGAAUGGAGGAGAAACCCAACACAGAGGAGGACAUUCCUCCUCUGUGGAGAAGGUUCACUCCAGAGGCCAUGGAGAUGUUCAGUAAGCUCCUGGAUCUGGAUGUAGAAAAGAGGUGUACAGUGGGGGAGGUGAGAGCGUAUGUGGACAAGGACUGGCUUAAGAAGGUACAUGGGACCGGGCAGCAGCAGACAGCAGAAAAGGAAAAAGUCAGCACCUUUAGGAAUAAUCCUGGACAUGGCAAGGUGGUGCAGCCUAAUACUUAGUAACAGACUGCAUUUGUAUAAUCUAUAGCUUCUAUCUGCCCAGACAGCAUGUCAAAUAUACAGUCAUAGGUGCCUGGCAUCAGGCAUGUGAUUUGCAGUGAUGAAUGAUGAAGACCAUUUGACAGCAACAUAAAGUUCACAGAUGCUGCAGUUUCUGUGAUAGAAGAAAUACUCUGGUCCUUUAUUUAAAGGAGCAGUGGGAAGAAUUUAGUGCCAUUUAGUGGCAGCGUUGGGGUCAUCACUUUAAAGGAUAAUGUAUUACUCAUUACUUUAAAAAAAUGAAUGCUUUACUGUACUUAUAUACUCCCUGCGGAAAUCACUUACAUCACUUUUUUGUUACUCUGCAUCAUCACCUGAGAUGCACUGUCAGGUAUGUGUGUGCGCUGCUGAUGUUACACGAUGUCAAUCAUGCAGCGCGCCAGGAAUUUGACCGGCGUUUUAAAUCGGCAUAUUUUAGACUGACCGGCCGGUCGCAGGUCACGGCUGAUCACAUGAAAAUCGGCCCAAUUACGAGCACUGCCAAUUAAUCGGUGCAAGUCUGAUAAAAAGUACAAAGGAGGUUGGCGUUUUCUAACAUUGCCUGGUACAAAUAUUAAUUAUUUCAAAAUAAUAUAUCAAUAAACCUUAAUAAAACGAUAAAAGAGACUUAGAAGAGCCUCUCCACUAGUAGAUGUUGCUGCUGUCGGCGUGCUUGAUGAUUUUUUUCUAUCCACCCAUUAUGUAGAUAGUUGAAGAACUUAUGUAAGCAACGACAUAACUGUUUGAUUAGUGACUGUGGUGUGAUUACUGAAUUUAGACAGUAACAUGUUACAUUACUGCGUUACAAAGAAAUGUAAUGUGAUUGCAGUAACAGUACAAUGUGUUACCCCAACACUGAGGUUGCAGCCAACUGAAUAUCCCUCCCUUUCCAAGCGCGUAAAGAGCCUAUAGUGGCAUUGACAUGAAAACAUGAAAGGCUAAAUGCUACUACGGAAACAUUUCAGUACAACAUGGCGGUCGACAUGAAAGAGCACCCACUCCCUAAUAAGAUACAAAGGGCUAAUUCUAAGCUAAUAAAAACAGAAUGAUUCUUAGUUUCAGGUGAUACACUAAUGAAUAUUAUAUUUCACUUCUGCCAAUGGCUCCCCAUAAAUCCUACACGGUGCUCCUUUAAGGAAAAGUCCUGCAUUCAAAAUGUACUAAAUUAUUAAGUAUUUUAAGCAAAAUGCAUCCUUACUUACAGUAAUAUAUACUGAUCAUACAUUGUAUGUUAUGUUUUGAAUUAUUAUUACUUUAAAUAGGAUUGUUUAGUUGAUUUAGCAACUUUAAACUUACACCACUAAAGCCUGCAUUAUUACUUAGUCUUUGAAGAGAGACCCUGUGUAAAAUCUAGUUCUAAGACUUUAUGUUAGUUUACUGUGCUCACAUGGGACCAGGUCGUACUCCAGUGUAGGAGUACUCAUUGGUCCCUGGGUCUAAUGAAGGAGGGGAACAACACAGCCCCAAAACAGGUUAAUCCCCUUAACAGGUCAAUGCAGCCAUGCUGCUGGGGUAUUUCAACCCAUAAAAAUUCACCAUAUUUUAUAGAUCAUAUGUUUUGAAUGUAAAAUCUGGAUGUGCAAAGUAACUAUAGCUGUCAGAUCAAUGUAAAUGAGUAAAAUGUUGCUAAGUAGUUAAAUGUAAAUGUAAAAUGUAACAUCAAUGCAAAUACUCAAGUUUAAAGCAGCUGUGCGGAACUUUUUACCAUUAAUAAAACUGCCCCUAGUUCAUAUCACCCCCCGUUGAAUAUCCGCAUAUUUAUUUGAACCGACAAAAAAGCCUUUCUCUAUAUGGCUAUUUAGCGUGGCC